AUGAGUACCACGAGCACCACGAGCACUCCGGCCACGGCCAGCACGAAGAGCACGGGAAGCUCGAGCUUGAACGUGAACCUUUCGGGCUUCACGGUUCCUGUGUCGACCCUCCGGGAGAAUUUUUGGCCCGCUUUAGAGGCGGCUGCGGCGGUUGGUCUGCUGUGGCUUCUUUGGUGUCAGCUUCAGCUUGCCGUUCGUACUCGACAUGAAUACAACACCGGUCAGAGAGUUCCUCCUUAUCUGGAACAUGAUGAGGACCGUUGGAGUGCUCCAUCGGUUUGGCGGAAGGAAUGGUUGCCCUGGCUUGAGGAAAAAUUUGGCAAGAGGCGCUGGCUGCUUUGGGUCUGGCGCUUGGUCUCUGUGCUUUCCUGGCCAGUUUUGAUACUUCUUUGGGUUCUCUGGGAUCGUUGGGACCGUGUUUGCCGUUGGUUCUGGUUCAAACCCGCUCCUGGGUUUGGGAGAAAACCCGAGAAGAGGAUGGUGUCCGUUGGGUCGGGGUCUUCUGGGAAGAGUGCGCAUAUACUGAGCGAGGAAGAGAAGGGGAAGGCUGGUUAUACCAAGCCUGAGGGCUUGGAGCCACUGGAACCGGAGCCACUGGAGCCGCCGAACCCCCCUCCAGCGUCGGAUGUGGACAAGACGAGCUUGGCGAGAGGACCGGAGGCGAGUGCCUCAGGCGUUCGACCUAGGUCUCCGAUCAAGACUAAUUUCAGAGUGAAAACUCGGAGUUCAUCGCCCCAGCAUCCUUUCUUUGGGCAUCCCGACCAAAUGGCGAAUUAA